AUGCGGUAUGGAACUCCUGGAGCACAGCGCGCCGAGAGGCUUCAGAUUAUACGUUAUUUGGACAUUAAACCAAAGAGGUACUUCGACAUUGGCAAUCACGAAUCCAAACCGGAAUGGCGACCAUCUGAAUCAAAAAAUAAACCGAUAAGAAAAAGAUAUGACGAAAGUACGCACAAGUUGAAUGACUGGGGGCGUUUAGAGCGGUUUAUAUAUCUAGGGACGGAAUCGUCAUACAAUCCGCAUGACAAACAUCCGCAUCGUAAAAAUGCUGAGUGUAUAGACAGACUUAUAAGUGCUGGAAAAGGGGUAGAGGUAGUGCAACAUUUAUCUGAUAUAAGUCAACGUGGAAGAACAUUGCGUCAAAAUUAUUUGAUAUUUGCACUUGCCAUAUGUGCAAGAUCCAACGAUAAAGAAACAAAGAAAGAAGCAUAUGAAGAACUAUGCGCGAUAUGCCGUAUCCCGACACAUUUCUUUUUGUUUGUCAAUUAUUGCCAACAGGAAAGUUUGCUGUCAGGAUCAAAAGGUUGGGGAAGAGCGCAUCGUAGAGCUAUGAUCAAGUGGUACGAAGAAAAAGCUAAACAUCCAGUCAGUUUAGCUCGCCUUUUGACAAAAUACAAGUCCCGUCGAAUGCAUACAACUGAUAGGAGAGGAGAAACCUGGUCGCAUACUAAAAUAUUGAAGAAAGCACAUCCAAAGUUCGAAGAUGAUUUCAUGACAGUAGUUAAACAAUACCUUUUCAAUGGCUUUGAAGAAGCACAAAACCUUGCAUCAAGUACAGAAAUGAAUAGUGAAAGUAUUGCAAAAAUUUCUGACUUACAUAGAAGGUACAGAGAAAGCCAAACGAUGCACUUAUGAGGAUUUGCUCGCAGC